AGGGGAAUUGAGGGGAGCUGGUGAAGGCCAGGGCCCAGGGCCCCUUAGGAGGGAGGCUGAGGAGCUGGAGGAGCCUACAGGGUGUCCCUCACCCAGAGAAGGAGUGUGGUGCUGUGAGCCUGCAGGUGAGGGCACAGGGGGAGCAUGGAGCAGGGCAGGUCGUCACUGCUACCCAGCCCCUGCUGGUGUCUCUCUCUGCACAGCAGGGAACGAUGGUGAGGCGCCUGGUCCCCCGUCUGCCUGCCCUCCCUGUCUGCCUCGCCGUGGUACAGCUGCUCAGCCCCUGCUCAGCUCAGUUUGCUGUGGUUGGACCCCCCGAGCCCAUCCUGGCCACCGAAGGUGAAGACGCUGAGCUGCCCUGUCACCUGUCCCCGGAGAUGAGCGCUGAGACCAUGGAGCUGAUAUGGAUGCGAUCCAGCCCCAGGCAGGUGGUGCACACGUACGCACACGGGCAGGAGUACAUGCCGGCAGCAGAGUAUCGAGGGAGAACCUCGAUUUCAAGAGAGGACAUCACUGUGGGGAAGGCUGCUCUCCGGAUUCGGGAUGUCAGAGCCUCUGACAGUGGAACCUACCUGUGUUAUUUCCAACAUGGAGAUUUCUUUGCAACAGCCCAGGUGGAGCUGAAGGUUGCAGCGCUGGGCUCUGACCCCCACGUUGACAUGAAGGGCUACGAGGCUGGAGGGAUCCGUGUGGAGUGCACGUCUGCCGGCUGGUACCCGCAGCCCCAGAUCCAGUGGAGAGACGCCAGGGGACACAGCUUGUCUGCUGAGGUGGCCACAGCGGCUGCAGACCCCCGGGGCCUUUAUGCAGCCUCAGCCUCUGUGAUCCUGGAGGACAGCUCUGGGGAGGGGGUCUCCUGUGUCAUCAGAAACCCCCUGCUGGGCCAGGAAAGGUCAGCCAGGCUUUCCAUCCCAGGCCCCUUCUUCCGGAACGCGCAGCCCUGGAUGGUGGCCCUGAGCCUGACCCUGCCGGCUCUGCUGGGGCUCCUGGCGGGGGCGGGGUACUUCCUGUGGCGACAGCAGAAGAAGAUCCAGGCCCUGUCCAAGGAGAAGGAGAGGGAGCGAGAGGAGAAAGAAGCAGCUCAGGCGGAGAAAGAAGCAGCUCGGGCGGAGAAAGAAAAGCUGCAGGACGAACUCAGGUGGACAAACAUCCCGUACCUACCAAGGGGUGAGCAGUCUCAGGUCUAUGCAGAGUUGAAGGCAGCAGUCUUCCAGCCUGCGGAUGUGUUUCUGGAUCCAGACACGGCGCACCCCGCCCUCCUGGUUUCUGAGGACAGGAGGAGCCUGCAGUGGGCAGACACAUGGGAGGACCUGCCAGAAAACCCCGAGAGAUUUGACUGGGAGUCCUGUGUGCUGGGCUGUGAGAGAUUUACGUCUGGGAGACACUUCUGGGAGGUGGACUUGGGGGACAGAAAAGAUUGGUUUGUUGGGGUGUGCAGGGAGAGUGUGAGCAGAAAAAGUGGUGGUGAAAUAACCCCCGAGAAUGGAUUCUGGACAGUGAGACUGGCCUUUCCAAAUGACUACGUGGAUUUCACGAACCCGGAUAGCAUGCUGACCGAUGUGAACCCUUAUGAGAGGGUGGGGGUUUUCCUGGACUACGAGCUGGGCAAGGUCUCCUUCUACAAUGCCCUCGACGGGUCUCCCAUCUUCACCUUCCCACACACCUGCUUCUCUGGGCCUCUGAGGCCUGUUUUUGGGAUUUGGACAAUGGAGCCCACUCCCUUGACCAUUUGCCCAGCAGAGGAAGGAGUGAGGAGAUCCCUUGUGCCUGACCCAUGGCCUGACCCUUCCCUGGAGACCCCAGUGUCCCCGGGCUCAGCUGGUGGGAAUGGGGACCCUCAGGAUGAAGAAACGUCUCUGCUUCUCGCUGCCCCGCCUGGAGCUGAGGGCCUCCUGGACACAAACCUCUCAGCAAGAAAACACUAAAAACACUGAGUGACGGACUUCACUGACAUUCACUCAGUUUUUUCACACGAGAGACAAGGAGACCAGGGUGCAGACAGUGAGUUGACUUUCCAAAGGUGAGUCAGGGCCUUUGAACAACCAGAGCUGACACCUAUAGGUAACUUCGCAUGUACUAGUGCUGUGCUACCUGCUUCACGUGAAUCUGACUCAUUCUCAAAAACCCUGUGAGGCAGCCUCAUUAUGAAAGUGUAGAAACUGAGGCAGGGGCAGUUCACUGAGGUACAUAAUUCACUCAGAUUUUAGUGCUGAAUGAUGUCCAUCCUGUGCCCCUCCCUCUCCCUCUCGUCUGUCCCUUUGCAGCUGAUUGUCCAGUUGGGCAGGGUCAUGGGCAGCCCCGAGGGUCCCUCCCAGGGCACCAAGGGUAAAGGUCACUGCAGGUGACUGUGAAGGCCACACCCACUUGGACCCUUCAAGGUCAACUGUCAGAGCCAAGGUCCACCCUUCACUGACGGGCUCUGCAGGACACCGUGGUCCAGAGGGUAAACUCACAGUGACCCCAUCACACAGGCUGAGAAGGGACCAGCGGCCACUUUCUGAACCAGCCUGUGACCUGUGGGCACAGAGCAGACCCACCCUCCCACCUCCCACCUGAAGGUCCUCUGUGAGCAGGAGGGUGGGGGGAGAGGCAAACAGACGUCAGUGGAAGUUUCAUCACACGGUGGGACCCACGUCCAGGACAGGGACGCCCACCGCUGACCACCCACUGAGGUUCCUGAGGUCCCUGUCACCUGGGGGUCCUGGGGAAAGGCCACUCUUCCUCCUCAUCAUCAUCGUCACUGUGACUGUUCACCGUGUGUCCCCUCCCCCCAAAUGUGGGUGUCGUGUCACAUGUGUUAAAUAAAUGUGUCAAUAAUCAUCA